AUGCGACAAAGCGUUGCCCAGUUGUUCGCGCUGCUUAGGAACACGUGCUGUUAUGACUUUAUAUACACCACCUCAGUCACUGCUGUUAUAAGGCCUGAGAACCUUGCAAAAUCUCCACCUGAGAGUAGGCACAUGCAGGGGAUGUUCGAGCCAUUCCUCGACAUUUCCAGCUCUAUGAUUUUGAGCCUACUUUCCUCACGCAAUACCAUCCGGAGUUACUCUAUCAAGCACUACUUUGAGACCAUAAAUCCCUACCUUACUAUAGUCCAUCCAGAACUCUUCGCCCUACGUACCAAUAAUACUGGGUUCGAUUCCAUUGCCGAUCAAGAGCUUCACGACCCUGCUACUGCCCUUUUGGUUGUAUGCAUGCAACUCCUUUCUCACAACGAUGAUUCAGCUAAAUCAAUGAGUAUCAAAGGAGAAGAGGGUGUUGAUAUGCCAACCUAUCGGGCUGCCAAGCAAAUUUUAAGUAUCCUGAGAACCCUUGAUACCCCAAGUAUCGAGCUUAUUCAGUGUUCUAUUCUGCUCGCAUUCUACGAGUAUAACCAUGAGGAUCUUGGACGUGCCUAUGUCAGUAUUGGAGAUGCCAAUACUAUGGCUUUGAUCCUACACGUGGGCCCUGGAAAAUACCUUGAGGUUGAGCGGGAGGCCUAUAUCUCUUACGAGGAAGAAGAACGUCGCUGCGUUUACUGGAGUCUCUUUGUGCUCGAUCGUCUCAUCCAAACGGAUUAUUCUCUUCUUCAUAUGCCGCAUCAGAUACCAUCUCCAGUUGUAUCUCCUCCCGCCGCCGAUGACCUUCUACCGACAAACCAUUUACUUUGGUACGAUGAGGACCAGUCGCCCUACUACGUCACUCAGCGAUAUCCUGCAGAUACUGCGUUCUCGGUCCCUGUCGGGAUCUUUCAGAGGAAUUGCCAAUGCGCCAUGCUCUAUACCCGAACAUCUUCCCCACAAUACCAUCCAGGUCGAUCAGCCUAUAAGUUGGCCAGUCCUACUGCCAUCUCAUUGUCCUCCAGACAAUAUCAUUCAACCCUAAAGUGGUCCAGUUCUUUUUCCCCGUUACUACUGGGGACCCAUUUAUCGAAAUGGGAACUUGAUCGCGUAGGAUUUCUCAGUCCAUACGGCGAUGGUACAAUAAGGCCCCAGAGUACAAGCGAUAUUACUGCAUCUCUUUUAUCAUUUCAAAAAGACAUUGACGACUUGAUGUUGCAGAAUGAGACGAUAAUGGAGAAACACGUAUUGCAUUCGAGAGAAAGAACUAUGUAG